CUCUACCUGCUUUCCCUCACGUACAAAUACUUCUGCAACAAUUAAAACAAGUGAAUAAAAUCUUAGGUAGUACUCUUGAAUCAUGGUGCUUCUGCUAUUGUCCCAUAAUCAGCUGAUAAAAGAUUUAUAAUUCAAGCUACACACGAGUUUCUUUUUUAACAAAAAUUUUCAUGUUUAUUUUGACGCCAAUGUGUAUAUAAUAGUGAAUUAGUGAGUUCUAUGAAAUUCAAAACGUAAAUUUAAUCGUGGAGUCUCCUUUGAGAAUCUGUGAGGAGUUACAACUGGAUAAUGGGUAACGCUGGAAGUAAUCAACCUGUAGGUCAUCAUUCAGGUAAUUCCAGUUAUCAUCGUCGACAUAGUAAGGAUCAACCUCCUCCAUCCCCGAGUAAAGAAGGACAGCCAUUUGUUUUCGAAAAAGCACCUAAUAAGAAUCUCGUUUGCCAAACAUCUCACGAGGAUGAUGAAUCCUACUUUACAAAGAAAGACCUACAAGAUAGCAGUAAUUAUAAACAACGACCGCGAUCAAACACCGUCUCCGAAGGCACUAAAGUUGCUGACAGCAAAGUACUGCCAACUGUUUUUAAAUGGGAAGGUGGUGGUAAACAGGUUUUUAUCAGUGGUACAUUCACUGGUUGGAAAACACUGCCAAUGGUUAAAAGUCAUGGUGAUUUUGUAACGAUAAUUGACUUACCAGAGGGUGAACAUCAGUACAAGUUUUAUGUUGACGGCGAAUGGAGACACGAUCCUGGCUUGAAACUUGUGGACAAUUGUAUGGGUUCGAAAAAUAAUUUAGUGUCAGUGAGAAAAUCGGACUUUGAAGUCUUCCAAGCCCUCGCAAAAGACAGUGAAGGAGUCACCAGUAGUGCCCAAACGGAAUACGGUCAAGAAAUUCCACCGCAUAAACCAUGGGAAAAAUCGCCAGGACCACCGAUUCUUCCUCCUCAUUUAUUGCAAGUUAUUCUCAAUAAAGAUACACCUCUAUCGUGUGAACCCACUCUUCUGCCUGAACCAAAUCACGUUAUGUUAAAUCACCUCUAUGCCCUAAGUAUCAAAGACAGUGUGAUGGUCCUCUCAGCUACGCACCGCUAUCGCAAAAAGUACGUCACUACGUUAUUGUAUAAACCAAUCUAAAUUCCCUAAACGGAAUAUAUAUAUAUUUUUUUGGAAAAAAAUAUCGGUUUUUAAACACGAAAAAAAAACGAUCUCUUUCAAACUGUGUAAAUAAACUUUACACUCGUAUGUACCAAAUUUAACAAAGAAACAAAAAAUUUAGCUGCAAAAUACUAUUUACGUCAAUCUUGUAUAAAGCACACAAGUCCAAUAAAUCAAAGAAAAGAAUUUAUAUAAUUUUUUUAGCAAAAAAAAUGUGACGCUCCAAAAAAUUAAUAGCAAGCGUCAUAUUUAAAAAUUAAAUUUUCUCAAAUGAAG